CAAGUUUUCUUUUGUGGUUUCCCCAAGUUCUUGGCUUCCACUUCCCACAGAGAAAAUUUUCUCUCGUCUUAAUUAAUUCCCCCAUCUUCGGUACAGAUUAAUACGUACUGUAUAGAGUCUACGCUUCCGACGCCAUAAGCGAGAACCAGAAAUUUUGAUCUGAGUCUGCAAACGGUGAAUAACAGUCGUAGACUUCAGUUGUUAGGCAAGACCUUGCAGCCAUUGUUUAUUCUCGAGCAUCGUCCUUUGGCCCUUUGGCUGUUUUGAGGUUUGUGUAUAUCUUAUGUCUGCUUGAAGAAACGAUUUAAAAAAAAAAAAGAAAAAAAAGGACGGGAGAGAGAGAAAAAGAACAUGUGCUCUGAAUCUGAAGGCAUCGUAAGCAGCUGCAGUGAGCAAUGUCUGGGUUCAAAAGAAGUUGGGGAGUGCAGUGACAAUGGUGAAGAAGAAGAAGAAGAAGAAGAAGGAGAAGAAGAUGGCGACAACGAGUCCACCAUGAGAAGCAGAGGCGGCAACAACCUCUUGUCCAGAUUACUCCGGCGGUUCCCUGUCACCGAAAAUCUCCGCAAACUGCCAUUUGAUGAGAUAAGUGAAGAGGUCCAAUCUCUUGGAAAGAUUGCAGGCCCUAUAGUGAUGACCACACUCCUCAUAUUCUCAAGAUCAGUGAUCUCAAUGCUCUUCUUGGGCCACUUGGGCAAGGUGGAGCUCGCCGGGGGCUCACUGGCCCUCGGGUUCGGGAACAUCACUGGUAACUCCAUCCUCAAGGGCCUAGCGAUUGGGAUGGACCCGAUUGCAAGCCAAGCGUUCGGUGCCAAGCGAUUUUUGGUCCUAAGCCAGACGUACCAAAAGACCCUCUGCCUCCUCCUCCUCGUAUGCGUUCCUAUCUCAAUCCUUUGGCUCAACAUGAAGCCCAUCUUCUCGUGGCUCGGACAGGAUCCCGAGAUCACCAACAUCGCACAGGACUACAUGGUCUUUUCCGUCCCCGAGCUGUUCGCCCAGGCCUGCCUCCACCCGCUGAGGAUCUUCCUGCGGACCCAGGGCCAAACUACUGCGCUUACCAUAGCCUGUGUCUGCUCCGUCAUCCUCCACCUCCCGAUCAACUACAUUCUUGUGAUUUGCUUCGACAUGAAGGUGAAGGGCGUGGCGCUCGCCCUAGCCUGGAACACCAUCAACCUGAACCUGGGGCUAGUUGUGUACCUGUUCGUGGCCAGGACGCCCUUGAAACCCUGGCAUGGGGCAGGGCCGUCCUCGAUCCUCCAGGGCUGGCGGCCCCUGUUGGCCAUGGCAGUGCCGAGCUGCGUGUCAGUCUGUCUGGAGUGGUGGUGGUACGAGAUCAUUCUUUUUCUGUGCGGCAUGCUCAGCAAUCCCAAGGCCGGUGUGGCGGCCAUGGGGAUCAUGAUCCAGACGACGGGCCUCAUCUACACGUUUCCGUUCUCCCUUAGCUCCGGCUUGUCGACUAGAAUUGGCCAAGCCCUGGGGGCGAACCAACCAUCCCGAGCACAGCUAAUCUCCAUCAUCGGGCUGACUGCUGCCACAGCCUUCGGGCUCUCCGCCUCCAUCCUCAUGACAGCCAUGAAGUCCGUAUGGGGAAGAAUAUACACGGACGAGAAGCAGAUCCUCGAUCUGGUCUCCUCGGCACUCCCGAUCUUGGGGCUGUGUGAACUAGGUAACUCUCCACAGACAGCCGCCUGUGGGGUACUGACGGGGACGGCACGGCCCAACGUGGGGGCUCGCAUAAACUUAUGUUCCUUCUAUUUAGUCGGGUUGCCGGUGGCCGUUCUAGCAACCUUCGUGUUCAAAUUGGGCUUUCGCGGGCUCUGGUUUGGGUUGUUGGCAUCUCAAUUUUCAUGCGUGGGUUUGAUGGCUUACACAUUGAUUCGGACAGAUUGGAAGCAUCAAGCCAAGAGGGCUGAAGAGCUGACUUUGGCUGUAGGAAUCGCCAAUCAGCAGCAAACCGACGACAUAGAAACGGGCUUACUAUCUGAUCAAUGAUUUUUCCCUUUUUAUUUUUUACAAGAUUAAUUAAGAGCUAUUCAAAAAAAAUUCACUAAAAGUAAAAGGUACCCUUUGUAUGGCAAAUUAUUUCA